AUGCUAAGCCGUGGCGACGCCGCGAUCGUGGGCGGUGCGGCCGUCAUAUCGUUUGCAUCGGUGGCUCUCACCAUCAAGGCAACGUAUGAAGCGCGCAGGGCGGGGAAGUACGCUAGCCCUACAGACCCAAAGAGACUCAUCGGGCAGGUGGGCACGACCACUACCGCGCUUACGCCGCGGGGAAGCGUUCUCAUCGCAGGCGAGCAGUGGAGUGCGGUAUCAGACUCCGGUUCAGCCGUGCCAAGCGGUGAAAGUGUUAUAAUACUGGAGGUUGAGGGCCUUGUCCUUAAGGCAGACGAGCAUACAAGCGACAACGCGCCAUAUGACAUAGACUUCCUGGUGUAUCUUCGGGUGGUACCCAACGACGCCCAGAAGUCGGUGCUGGAGGUGGUGGACUACACCAGCGCGGUCAUCGGUAUUGCCACUACUACCCUGCGCUCUAUCAUCGGUGAGAUGCCGCUGGACGAUGUGCUCUCGCAGCGCGAUCGGAUCAAUGAAGAUUUGAGGUUGAAGCUGGACGAGAUAACGGCGCGUUUGGGGCAUCAAGAGCGUGUGCGCCGCGCCGCCAUCAUCGAGGCGGAAGGCACACGGCAGGCGGCGAUAACCGUUGCCGAAGGCGAAAAGCAGUCGGCUAUCCUGAAGGCGGAGGGCGCAAGGCAGGCCGAUAUUCUCUCAGCCGAAGGCGACCAGCAAGCCGCCGUGUUGCGCGCCGAAGGUUUCAGCCUUGCUCUGACAAGAAGCUGGGCAGACAGUUCGUCCACGAAGUUCAUCUUCCCGAUGGAGUUCACCAGCCUGCUGCACCGAUUCACCAGCAAUGCGGCAGGACAGUUCCAGCAGCAUUGA